AUGUGGGAUGGCAACGCCUCCCUGGACUUCGAGGAGUUUCUGGAUCUCAUGUCUGGCAAGGAAGGCAAGGAGGAGAAGGACACGAAGGAGGAGAUCGACAAGAUCUUCAGACUCUUCGACACGGAGGGCAAGGGCUACAUCGAAGUGAAGGACGUGCAGAAGGUGUGCAAGGAGUUGGGCGAGCGCCUCACCAACGAGGAGAUCACCGAGAUCGUGCGGCGCGCUUGUCAGGAUGAGUCCAAGGGCGAAAUAACGCAGGAGGAUUUCUACAUUGUUAUGACGAAGAAGACCUUCCCAUAA